CACAAACGAGUCUUCUUAACCCCUUACCUGCCUUAUGUGUGUGUAUAUAUAUAACAUCUCAACUUAUAUAUCAAUCAGCCACCUUGUGUUUAAUUAAGAUGGAGAGAAGACAUAAAACACUAUGCCAUCUUUUCCUCAAAUGCCUUUUGUUGGCAGCAAUUUUGCUCUCCAGCAGCUUCAACUAUAUUUCCACUGCUCAAGCCAUGCGGUCCCUCCACAAGUACAGGAGCAACCUGCCCAACAAAAUGCUAGUCAUUGAUAAAUACUUUCAACAUAUUAUUUCAAGAAAUGAUGAGAUGUUGAGACGAAAGUUACACGACGUUCCAGGAGGACCCAACCCAGGACCCCCAAAUUUCAAGCACGUUCUUCACACCAGGCAGAAUGGAUCACCACGAGGCCCAUAAAGUCAAGGAUGAGAGCUCUGUUUGAUUUGAUUUGUUUGCCAAAUGUUUUAUUGUGUUAAAGGUUUUCAAUCCAUAGUGUACUUCCUCUAUGCACCGUUACUAUAAUACUACGUACUUCAUAAGAGUUGUGUAAACCUUUGAAGGUUAGGUUCAUACCUUCAAUGUAUACAUUUCCUGUUUUGCUAUACAUACUCUCUCCGUCCUAUAAGAAAUUUAUUUAUAAAUUUUCAUUAUUUGAUUAUCUAAGAAAAGUAUGGAGUAUUACCUUUGUUUAGAUCUAGA